UAGUUAUUAGACGUUGUUUUAAUUUUUUCAUGCUGGCGGUCCACCGACCUCGCUAAUUACAGGUGGGAAUUCAAAAUGCCCGCAGGCAAACCGUCUGGUCUGAAGACUGCUCGCAAACUUCGAGAUCAUCGCCGAACCCAGAAAUGGUCGGAUAAAGCAUACAAAAAGGCUCAUAUUGGAACGAGGUGGAAAGCGAAUCCUUUCAAGGGUGCCUCACACGCUAAGGGUGUUGUACUAGAGAAGGUUGGUGUUGAAGCUAAACAACCAAAUUCUGCCAUCCGUAAAUGUGUAAGGGUUCAGCUUUUAAAGAAUGGGAAGAAAAUCACUGCUUUCGUACCUAAUGAUGGGUGUUUAAAUUUCAUUGAGGAAAAUGAUGAAGUUCUUGUAUCUGGUUUCGGGCGAAAGGGGCACGCAGUCGGCGAUAUACCUGGUGUAAGGUUCAAGAUUGUUAAGGUUGCAGGUGUAUCCCUUAAGGCUUUGUACACACAUAAGAAGGAAAGACCCAGGGCUUAGUAUUUUUCAUAAUAUAUUUUCGUUUUUGGAUAUGGAUUGUUAAUUACGAAUAACAUGUUGACACGGUUUUAUUGUAUAGUGACAUCUUUUCUUCAUCUACUGAUGUGCCCGGUACCUGAACUUCACGUUCUAGUGCAUUAAGUUACUACCCGUUUAAAAUGCAUAGUCGAAUAUAUAUUUUCGCGUUAGUCUGCUUGUAUUUGAGUACUAUCACAUGUUAUUUAUAAAAGAUGCGUACCGCGCUGUGGGGGUAUAUCUUGUCAUUCCAAUGUAAGUAUGUUCUCGAAAUAAUCUUACCACCAGUACAUCAACGUGAAAUAAUAUUGAUUGAUUCAUCUAACUCCUGGUUGUUUAUUUAGAAUCUCAUUUGUUUCCAUUAAUUUCAUCAAGAUCGAAGUUGUGUCUAUUGCUUCAUGCUAUGUAUUGUUCAUUGCGAUAAUUAACCUAACCAAUGUGACCACUCUUUUGCUAGGUUAUAUCUGUUUACAACUGGUUAAGUGUAUGCUGAUAUUGUCAUGACCAAAUUCUCCAACCCAAUACAUACAUUUUUUAAGCUUUGUGCCUC